CUUUUUAUCCUCCUCUUUCCCAAUUUGCCCCUUACUCCUCCUCCUCUCGUUUCUCCCCUUUCGCCCUUCGUCGGUUUUUACUAGGGUCCGAAAAUGUUCGAGCUGAGGUUAGUCCAGGGCAGUCUCCUGAAGAAGGUUCUGGAAUCCAUCAAGGAUCUGGUCACCGACGCCAACUUCGACUGCUCCUCCUCCGGCUUCUCCCUCCAGGCCAUGGACUCCAGCCACGUGGCGCUCGUCGCCCUCCUCCUCCGGUCCGAGGGCUUCGAGCACUACCGCUGCGACCGCAACCUCUCCAUGGGCAUGAACCUCAACAACAUGGCCAAGAUGCUAAAGUGCGCCGGCAACGACGACAUCAUCACCAUCAAGGCCGACGACGGCGGCGACACCGUCACCUUCAUGUUCGAGAGCCCAAAUCAAGACAGGAUCUCUGAUUUCGAGAUGAAGCUCAUGGACAUCGACAGCGAGCAUCUGGGGAUUCCAGACGCCGAGUAUCAAGCGAUCGUGAGGAUGCCCUCCUCAGAGUUCUCUAGGAUCUGCAAGGAUCUCAGCAGCAUCGGUGAUACCGUUGUCAUCUCAGUGACGAAAGAGGGCGUGAAGUUUUCGACGAGAGGGGAUAUCGGAAGCGCUAACAUCGUCUGCAGGCAGAACGCGAGCGUCGACAAGCCGGAGGAGGCGACAGUUAUAGAGAUGAACGAUCCCGUGUCGCUGACUUUCGCUCUGAGGUACAUGAACUCCUUCACGAAGGCCACGCCUUUGUCGGAGACCGUGACCAUCAGCCUUUCCUCCGAGUUGCCUGUUGUUGUCGAGUACAAGGUCGCGGACAUGGGUUAUAUUCGCUACUACCUGGCGCCGAAGAUUGAAGACGAGGACGAGGAGAUGAAACCAUAAGCUUUGUUUUGAGAUUUUACCGUCCCCUCUCCUCUCCCUUUUUCUUUUUCUCUUUUUCUCUUUUUUUUUCCCUCCUGUUUGCGAUGGUGUAAGAGGGCUGAUCGUUGAAGAUUAGUUAUGUUCGUCUCUGAUCUCUUAUUUGUUGUUCUCUUAUUA